AGAGAGAGAGAGAGAGAGAGAGAGGUUGGAGAUGGCUGCGAACGAGGAGGCGGUGGACUUCGAGCCAGAUGAAGAUGAUCUCAUGGAAGAGGAUGUUGGAAUGGAAACUGAAGCCGUUCCAGUCCCAAAGCUCCGUUCCACUAUCACCGGCGGCAGCGGAGAACCCUCGAAUGCGCAGAGGAAGACGAAGGGUCGUGGAUUCCGCGAGGAAACUGGCCCUCGCUUUGCCGGAAGGGACUUUGAUUCCCUCGAUUCUGACGGCGGGCCGGGACCACUUAAAUCCAUUGAAGGAUGGAUAGUGUUGGUGACUGGAGUGCAUGAAGAAGCCCAAGAAGAUGACCUUCACAAUGCUUUUCGUGAAUUUGGCCAGAUCAAGAAUCUUCAUCUUAAUUUAGAUCGCCGCACUGGCUUUGUCAAGGGCUAUGCAUUGAUUGAAUAUGAAAACUUUUCUGAAGCACAAGCAGCAAUUCGUACCCUGAAUGGAACUGAGCUUCUCACACAAACCAUCUCUGUUGAUUGGGCAUUUAGCAACGGUCCUUCCAAGCGCAGGAACCAGAGGAGGAGAUCACCACGCCGCCGUUCAAGGACCCCACCCAGGAGGUACUAAGAUGCAUAUGUUACCCCGAGCAAAAUCCUAAGCAAUCAGAAUUUUCAGAUGUGAGCUUUGUUGUUAGUUUUCAUAUUAUUUGAAGAUUUGAAGACCUGCAUUUUGCCGGAUGUGGAUCCGGUCGGAUUUCAGAUUGCAUGUUUAUCUAGCUACCUGACCUCUGCAAUUUCAAGAUAGUUUGUAAACCAUGCUUUAACUAGACAUUGUGUUGGUCUUUGCACAUGAACUUGUUUUAUUAGAUCUUUGAUUUGAUAUGCCCUCUUCUGGUUUUAUUUCUGAUAGAUAGAUGUUGUUUGUUGCAUGGUACUAAUUUAUAUGUUUCACAAGACUUGGUUAGCCUGAUAGCUAGUAACUGGGACCGAUUUCUCUGUCA